AAAAUAAUUAAGAAAAAAUCAAGAAAACAAAAGAGAAUCACAAAAUUAACCUUGUUCGCCUUUGAAGUUUUCUUUCUAUCAAAUCGGUUGUUUCCAUACCCAGGUUUCAAUCGAAAAUUCCCUCUCUUUCUCUUUCUGGUGGUACAUAGAUCGGUCUUCAAGUUUCGUCAUCUGGGUCUUGUAAACUUCUUCGCUGGAGUGUCUCUAUACUCAUUGGUAGAGAGAUUUGAAUUUAGGGGUUUCUUCUUGAUUCUGUAACCAUGGCGGAUGCUGUGUCUUUGGUGGGUCAUCGGCCUUCGAUCGCGAGGAUCUCUGUCAAGAACGAAGCGAGAACGCAGAGAUCCCAGAACACGGUUCGAUUCAGGGUGAAAGGAGUUGUCUUUGAUAAGGUGCAGAGCGUGAUAAAGAAGCCAAUCAGGGCUCUCGCUAUGGAAUUGACGAAGGAGAUGCCUGCCUAUAAGAAUAAAGACGAGAGGAAGCUACCGAGGACUUGGAACUAUCUUGACUCCGGUUCGGUUGAUAAACCCGGUUUGUGGCCUCCUGAGAACAAAGCCGACAAGCCUUCCUUGCAUAACCCUCUGCUAAGGCAGGAGCGUAUGGGUUGCGGUUGGUUAGGUGCCAUCUUUGAGUGGGAAGGGGUUUUGAUUGAAGACAGUCCUGACCUUGAGAGCCAGUCUUGGCUUACGUUAGCUCAGGAGGAAGGUAAGUCUCCUCCUCCGGCUUUUAUCCUCAGACGCAUUGAAGGGAUGAAGAACGAGCAAGCUAUCUCUGAGGUUCUGUGUUGGUCGAGAGACCCUGCGCAAGUUAGGAGGAUGGCUUCGCGGAAAGAAGAGAUCUUCAAGGCUUUGCAUGGAGGAGUGUAUAGACUCAGAGACGGGUCACACGAGUUUGUGAAUGUCUUGAUGAAUAACAAGAUCCCCAUGGCUUUGGUUUCGACCCGUCCCCGCGAGACGCUGGAGAAUGCCGUUGGUUCCAUAGGGAUAAAGAAGUUCUUCAGUGUGAUAGUUGCGUCUGAAGAUGUUCACAGAGGUAAACCGGAUCCUGAGAUGUUUGUCUACGCAGCGCAGCUUCUUGAUUUCAUACCGGAACGGUGCAUCGUGUUUGGAAACUCGAACCAGACGAUAGAGGCGGCUCAUGACGGGAAGAUGAAGUGUGUGGCUGUGGCUAGUAAGCAUCCGAUGUAUGAGCUUGGAGCGGCUGAUCUGGUGGUGAGAAGGUUGGAUGAGCUAUCUGUUAUUGAUUUGAAGAAGCUUGCGGCUGUUGAACUGACGGAGUUCGAACCAGAGUUGGAGAUGGAGAAGGAAGAUGAGCGUGAGCUGCCUUCAUCUAAUGUAGCGGUUGAUGAUUUCUUCUGAUGGGAGUGGUCUUCUGUAAUGUUGUACAGUUUUAUGGAUUUGGAUUCUUCCUCAUGUAAUUCGUAUUCACAAAUAGUUUCUGUGUAUAAUUGGAACAGGUUAAAUGGAAAAAAUAUAUAAAUGUAACUCAUACGUAUA